AUGCUCGUUCUCAUAACGAUUUCUAAUAAUGUGUCACAUGUUGAUUUUGCUGUAAUUGUUCUCAAAGGGACAGCUUCUGGUCACCUAGAAUGUUGGUCGACUAAACAUAGUACAUAUUUGUGUUUACGAACUGAUGGAGGUUCAAUUGGACCGAUUAUAUCUACAUUCACUGUGUCAAAUGGAAAUUCAGGCCUGGCAGGGACAAUACUGAUAGCAGAAGAUGUUGUAAAUGAUCCAUUUCCGAGACAAGGAUGCAAGAAAAUGAACUUAAAUCAUCUCUUGAAUUUUACUUUGGCACCUUUAGAAAAUAGGGAUGCAAACCAAAGAAGAAUAACAUCUAACAGAACUAAACUACCCAAAUAUAAUAAAGAACUAUUUUUGCAAUCCAACUGUCAGUUUGUCGUGAAAGAUUCCGGAAAUUAUACAGUUCAUCAGAAAAACCCAGAUAUUCUAGUGGAAUGGUCUUUGAUUGAAGAAAUACGUUUACCAAGUCAUGAAGUGCCAUUGUGUCCUAUAUGCCUAUAUAGCCCUAUAGCUGCAAAGAUUACACGUUGUGGACAUAUAUAUUGUUGGCCCUGCAUCCUCCAUUAUCUGUCUUUAACUGAUAGAACAUGGCAAAAAUGCCCAAUUUGCUUUGAAGCUGUUCACAAGACGGAAUUGAAAAGUGUAACACUAAGAAUACGCAAACCCUUUGCUGUUGGUGAUGAAAUAACCAUGUGUCUAAUGAAGAGAGAAAAAGGAUCUUUAUGUGCAGUUCCAGUGUUUCAUCAGAGUUCUGUGUUAUCUACUUGCUAUGUUCAUGAUGAUGAUUUUGUCACCCGUUUCCAGAAAUUGUUAUUGGCAAAUAAAAGUGAAAUUUAUGAGAUUAUUUCUCGAGAACAUUUAGAGUUGGAGACACUCUAUCAUGAAGAAAAAAAUACCCCUGAGGCUUGCUUUAUUGAAUCUGCAUUGCAGCUUUUGGAUGAAAGGCAAGGACAGUUAAAUGAUGAUUAUGGCGUAAAUGAUGUUGGAAGUGUUAUGAAAACUGAUUUACCUGAAGAAAAUGCGAUUGUUGCUGCAAAUGCUUCCCCACAAAGUCGCCUAACCUCACUUAGUUCAACUGAUUUUCAAGAGGAAAUUUUUUAUAUGGAACUGAAUGAUAAUACAUCACAGAUAGAUAAUUCCUCAAAUUCAUCAGUUAAUGAAACACCCCAUGAAGAAACAGGAAGAAAAGGAAGUAAUUAUUUUUAUCAAGCCGAAGAUGGGCAGCAUAUUUAUCUACAUAAUAUCAAUGUACGCAUGCUUCUAAAGGAACAUGGAUCCUUAGAAUAUGCACCACCUAUGGUAAAAGCAAAAAUUGUAGAAAUUGAAAGAGUGUCUAUGACAGAGGUUUUGCGUAAAAGGCUGCGUUAUUUACAACAUCUGCCAUUAACAUGUGAAUUUCAGAUUGUUGAACUGAAUUUCUCUCAGAUUCUUUCAAAACCAACAAUAAAUCUCUUUAAAGGUGAAGUCAAUAAAAGAAGAAUUUUACGAAACAGGAAAGCUCGAGAUGAAAGGAGGAGGGAAAAAUACAUUCAGGUAGAAGAAAAUAAGAAGUUGGGGAAAUAUCCAAAAGCAACCUACAAUUUGGAAAGUAUUGAUCAGUUCCCUACAUAUCAGAGCGAAUUUCAAUAUCUUUCCCCACCAAGAACAGAAAAUGAUGUAGGAGCACAAGAUUCUAAUUUAUGCUGCAAUAUCAAUGAUCCUUCAGUGCCUGAUACUGAAACAUCUCCUGUCACUUCUUUUGCUCAGAUGCUAAAAGAUGGCCGAAAAACAUUUACAGAGAUUCCUAAAGAAGUUAAAAAACAAAACACAGUUGUUUCCCCUCAAUCUUCUCAGAACAGAGAUUCAGAUGGAGAUGAAUGGAUUCCUCCUCCUGAGUAUCACCAGUCAUUUAGUGAUGCUAUUCAGGCUGCUUUAGAUAGUGUAACAAUUCAAGAUCCACAAGGGAAGUCAUCUGGUUUCGUUACUGCUUUAAGGGAUCUAAGUCAACGCAAAGGCGAAGAUUACCAUCCUUCUUCAUAA